UCUCAGCUCGAGUGUGUUGUUGUUUCGGUAUUUCGUGCGAUUGUAUCGAAAUUUUCUGUGUUCAUUUGCAAAAAAUAACUCACCUGAACUUUGUGUUAUGUCGAAGAUCAUAGUGAGCUGUGAAAAUUUAAUGCGGUGAUACGUUAACGAACAGAACAAGAGUAUUCUAGUUGUGCGCCAGUGUGAGUGCAUGUGGGUCUUUCUUGAAAGUGACGGGAGAAGUUCAAUUCAAAGCCUACUUUCUUGCCCGAUCCCGACCGAUGGACCGACCGACCUUACGGUUGCUAGUGUAGUUAGUAUUUAUCUAAAUGGAUCACUGAAGCCACGGCAUGGCAUACUUGACCGGAAUGUGGUUUGAGGAAUUUGCUCUAAGUCCCCGCAUCCCUGGAUGAGGUGCUUUUGUAGUUGAACGAUAAUCAAGCAGCGAGAAAAAAAAAGAAGGUGCGAGUGUGCUCCGGGAAGUGAAAGGUCAAGUCGUGUUGGAGAAAUCCAGAAAACGGGUUAAGGAGAUCAACUACCAAAAGUGUCCAAAAGAAGCAAACGGAGCAGAAAGACGAAUUUGUUUAUCUUGUUUAUAGUGUGUGUUGUUCUGUGUUGGAUUCCUGACCUGAUGUGAUUCGGAGAAGAGUGGAAGGUGCGGACGAAUCGAAGUAAACGUAACAGGUGCGAUAUCUGACUGAACUACUACUGAGAGCAGUGCACGAUUGAGAAGACAAGGAAGCGACGAAGAAUAGCAAAAAAAAGAAGCAUACCUACACUUUUAAUCCGGAAAAUGAAUUCUAAAGUGCUGGAUGAUGGAGCACUAUUCGUCGUAGUUGGUGAAGUAAAGUAGCGGUUAAUUGUCGGAAAAUAGUUCGCCGUGCGAGGAGAUUAGCUUUGUACGUCGUUCAGCUGGAAUGGAAUGUUAAUGACAAUCGCUCCGACACACGGCCAUCGUGGAUGCCAACAGCGAAACAAAGUGUCAACACCGCCAACAACUCCAAUUCCGUUUAAAAAAAAUCGCCAAUUGCAACAACAACAACAACAACAGCAAAAACAAAGUCAUCAAUAGCAACAGUGUGUUUAUGUGAGUGUGAAUGUACGUGCAUCGUCAUUGGCAUCAAACCAACCGAAAAGCGUUACCAAUUUCGUUAUUUUUUCGCCACCAUUCUCAACAAUCCAUCUACCAUCAGCAGAAGUGUGACGGGUAGGGGGGGUCGAACAAAGGUGGAGCUUUGACCGACCGGAAAGAAGAAUAAUACUGCACCGUCGUUUCGUGAUCGUGUUUUGGUUCGGAGCUAGGCUGCGAGUGUUGUUGUACGUUGUACAACCAGGUGCAGUGAAAAAGAGUGAUUGUUUGCAAAAGCAAAAUAUGUACAACAGCAGCCAACCAGGUGUGAGGUAAUAUUAGAGCAGUGCAGCUGAAGAGUUUUCGAGCAAUACAAGAAGAACUCGAAACAAGUGGUGUCAGAGAGCUGAAAGUAAAAAAAAAAAAAGAAGUUUGGUGUUUGCAUGUGGCUUACAACGAGGUGUAAUUUGUUCCUUUUAAAAAACGAAAGUCGCUUGCGAAGAAAAGUGCACUCAUUUUCGAAAAGAAAAAAAUAAUCAUCCAACCAGCCUGCGCGGAGACUGACCUCAUCGUAGUAGUCGCUGAACGAGUUCGAACCGCGCGUAGUAACCGUCGGGGAGUGGUGUUUUGUAGAUUGCAAACAAGUUUCCUUUGCCUACUACGAGCAGCAGCAACGACGGCAUGUCAAAGAACUGGUUUGCUGUGCACCGCUUGCUGAGAGCUUGAAUGACAACAACAACAACAACUAAUUGAAAGAUCCCCAAAUUGGUUUGAACCACCGCCGCGCCGUGCACCACGCAGCUCAGCUAUCAGCGAUUCACAGUUUGGCGAGAAACUGAAAAACACUCACUCAGGAGAUUGAGAGAACAAAGUGCGAGAGAGAGAGUGAGCCUACUACGAUGCGUUCCACAUUGGUGGCGAGGCAUCGGCUAGGUCCUCCACCGUCAUCAUCAUCAUCAUCGUCAUCGCAUCACCAUUGCAAAAGUACCAAGUGCUAAUGCAAUUAGUAAAUCUCCAAGUCAACUUGGACCAAACGAGCGUGACUUCCGAAUAACCUGCGCUCGACUGCGGGCCUAAGUGGUUUCGGAUAUUGAACGACCUGCUCCUCUUCUGCAAACUAGAGCGAACCCACCGUCGUCAUCAUCAUCAAUCAUCGGGCGUCCAAAGAGCGAUCAAAGAGUGCGGCGAAAACGACGGAGGAGCAGUCUCGGCAAAUCGCAGCAAUCCCCAACACGUCAAUUAACGCUGCUGAAGACGAAGAUCAUCAUCAUCAUCAUCAUCAGCAUCGGAAGAAACAACAACAGCGGAGGAGCAUCGGCCGAAAGUUGAGCUUCGAUAUCGGCAAAAUGGAGCACUCCGAUUUAGUUAGCGAGAUGGCUCAGGUCGAGCAUCUUUCCACGCAGGACCGGCUGCAUCUCGCGCGGAUGCGCCGCGCGCAGCAACUAAAGUUGGCCAAACAGCGGGACAAGGAAUGGCUCAAAGCCCAACGGAGCAAAGAACGGAUGGCGAACCAGCAGCACAUGUCCACCUACAAGCGGCACAUCACCUUCGAGGACAGCGUGGUCCUGUUGGAGGCCGCCGCCCGCAACGAUAUCACAGAGGUGGCUAAGUUACUGCAGAAGGGCGUCACGCCGGACGCGACCAACAUGGACGGUCUGACGGCGCUGCACCAAUGCUGUAUCGACGACAAUGCGGAGAUGUUGAACCUGCUGCUCGACUACGGGGCGAACGUGAAUGCCCAGGACAGCGAGCGAUGGACCCCGCUGCAUGCGGCCGCCACCUGUGGCCAUCUGAAUCUGGUCAAGAUUCUGAUCGGGCGCGGUGCGAACCUGCUCUCGGUGAAUGCCGACGGGAACAUGCCGUACGACAUCUGCGACGACGAGGAAGCGCUGGACUACAUCGAGGCGGAAAUGUCCAAGCGGGGCGUGACGCAGGAGCUGAUCGACGAGACGCGAGCGGCGACCGAGACGCAGAUGCUCAAGGAUCUGCAGGACAUUGCCGUCCAGGGAGGGGAUCUGGAAGUACCUGACAGCCAAGGGGCGACGCCGCUUCACAUAGCGUCCGCCAAUGGCUACACGAGAGUGGUUGAGUUCCUAUUAGAGCAGCAUGUAUCGACAGACGCCGUAGACCACGAUCUAUGGACACCGGUACAUGCUGCCGCCUGUUGGGGUCACCUCGAAGUCCUGGAGAUGCUAGCGCAAAGUGGCGCCGAUUUGAAUGCCAAAAACAAAAACGACGAAACACCUUCCGACAUUUGCGAAGAUCCGGAAAUUCGCGAACGGAUAGAACAGCUCAAAUCGGAACAGGAGAGCAAACGACUGGCCGAAGCCCAGCGGAAGCGGGUGCGGCGAUCCCAAAGCAAUAACACCAGGGCCCAAUCGGUGCGGCGAACCUCGCUGCGAGACAAAGGUCUCACCACCAAGAAGGACGCCGUCGAGGAAGCCCGGUUCCGAUUGCAAGCGCAAGAGGGCUACACGACACCGGAUGGACCGACGUCGAACACCAGCACCAACAACAGCUCAACGACAAACGCCGUCGUCAAUAACAACAACAACACCAACACCAAGAACACCAACAAUGGUCAUCUAAACUCUGUAAAUAACAAUAGCAUCAACAGUGGUGACUGCACGACGAAUGUGGCGUUGAAUAACGGACUGAAUAACAAUACUCGUUACAACAAUAACCUGAACAACAACAAUAACAACAACAACAACAUUAGCAGUAAAGACCACAACUACGGUCCCGCUACGAACCCAUCAUCCACCACCUCGUCGGCGUAUUCUUCGCAACCGCCGUCGCUCAACCAGUACGACCGCCGAUCGCCCGAGGGCAAGGACAAUGAUUCCUACGUGAGCGAAACCAGUGGCGGAAAGAUGCUGAACAACAACAACAACAGCCUCAACAUCAACAACAACAACAACAACAAGAUACUAGCCUUAUCAUCCUCCUCUCCAUCCUCAGUCAAUGGUAAUCUAGUCAGUAGUAGUAAUAGUAGUAACAAUCAACAAUCGAACAUUCCAAAUGCCGCGGCGACGACGACGGCAGCGGCACCGGCGGCGACGGCCACGGCGACGGAAGUGUACUCCACCUCCAACAACGAGAACGGCAAGAUCAACGUCCAGGUGACAGUCCUAGUGGAUCCAUCUGUCGCAGGAACGUUAGCCGACCUGAAGAAGCACCGUUCGCAGAACCGGUCCAGCGUCAGUCCGGACAACGGGUCCCUGCUGAGCGCCCAGAGUUUGGGCAGCCUGACGACCGGCGCCAACGGGCAACCCCUGGAGCUGUCACUGGUCUCUGGAACAGCGGCGACGGCGGCGGCGGAUCAUCUCCAUUCGUAUCCGCAUGGCAACGGAAACGGAAGUCUCGUGGGAGGAGGUGGCGGCGGUGAUAAAUCGGGAAUUUCCACGCUGAGCAGUGCAACUGGCAACGGGUCCCUGGUGAUGGCUGCCGGAGGCGACGGAACGCCCAGUGGGACGCUGAACAAGUUCAGUGGCAAUACCAGUGACGUCGUCAGUGAUAGCACCCGCUCCCGGCGGUGCUGUGUGGUAAUGUAAACAAACAAUAGAGGCCGAC